CGAAAUGCCUCCCACCAGCAUGCCAAAUGAGUAUGAUAGUGGACCUUCUUCGUCGUCUGGAGGGAGACCACCCAUUCGACCAUUCCAUCGCUUUGAUGAUGAUUCAGGAUCUAGAUCAAGCAGGAGCGGAAGCUGGGAUCUUUUGGCAGGCGUUCGAAAAUUUGAACAUUCCUACGACCGUUUCGAUUCUCGCAAUGCUAACGAGACGCAUCUCGCCUUCGCUGAAGGCGACCUGCCGAAAAACAGAUUCACCCGAUUCUAUAAUUACCUUCUUAACGUAUCGAUUGUCUCACGAUGGACACUGUUCAUCAUACCUGGGUUAGCUAUCCUCUGGAUACCUGGCAUCCUUGGUCUUACGGAGUUUCCAGACGCCACGAUAUGGGGGGUCAAGUUACUUUGGUGGAGCAUAUGGCUUAGUAUUGCGUGGGGAGGCUGGUGGGGCUGUCUGGCGGCAGCGAUGCUGCUCCCUCGACUUGCGCGCUACACGGUAGGCAUCGUUGCGGUCGGAAGUCGGCGAUAUAUCGAUUGGCUUGAGGUUCUUCACCGCUACGUUGCGCUAUCUGCGUGGUCCCUUACCAUAUGGAUUGUCUGGGGCCCCCUCAUCGAUACGCGUGUAGAAGAAGGCACCAGCAGCAAAAGCGUAUCAGUCAUUGCGCUGAUCUAUAAACUACUUUUCGGCCUCCUUCUGUGCACCGCGUUGCUCCUGUUCGAGAAGUUUUCAAUACAGUGGAUCGCGGGUAAAUUCCACGAGCGGUCAUAUGCAGAACGCAUUGCUGAUCAAAAAUUCGCUGUCAAGACGCUCGCCACGCUGUACCGUCACUCCAACGAUAUUCCUGGUCGAUCUGACACUCUCCGAGCUACCCGUGGGACGGAUAAGCGCGCUACGCUUAACCCGAAGAAAUUUUUCAAGCGUGCCAUCAAAGGUGUCCGCUUUGCGGCCACGACUACCACUACAGCACUGGGCAAUGUGGCAUCCGAGAUUGCAGGAAGCUCUGUCCUGCAGCCGAAUUCUCCACAGGCGAUGGUGCAGACUGCCCUCGCGUCGUCUAAUAAGACUAGGAUGCUCGCCCGGCGUUUGUUCCUAUCGUUCGUCAGGCCAGGCUACGACUACCUUGUAGUCGAUAACAUCGCCCGAUUUUUCCCCACAUAUCCAGACGCACAAGUCGCUUUCGCGAUAUUUGACAAGGACGGCAACGGGGAUAUAACGAUGGAGGAGUUGGAAAUGUCUUGUCUAGAAUUCCAUCGGGAGCAGCUCUCCAUUGAACACUCGAUGCGGGACUUGGACAGUGCGGUUGGACGCCUUGACAAUAUCUUGAUGAGCGUAUAUGUCGUCGUCGCAAUACUCAUUUUUGCGGUGACUUUGGAAGCGCAAAUUGCAACGUUAAUCACUGGAGGAGGCAGUCUUAUUCUCGGUCUAAGUUGGCUUAUCGGCGGAAGCCUCUCUGACGUACUCACAAGCAUCAUCUUCCUAUUCAUUCGGCACCCCUUCGACGUGGGUGACAGAGUUAACCUUGGAGAGCACGGAAGCUUCACUGUCAAGGAGAUCAGGCUACUUAGCACAGUCUUCCUUGAUGGAAAUAACACGGUGGUACAGGCUCCAAACACGGUUCUAAACACUUUGUUCAUCCAAAAUAUCCGUCGUAGUCCACAGAUGUCGGAGUCCUUCAAGUUCGACGUUCACUUCUCGACGUCCUUUGAGAAGAUCGAAGCGCUUCGCCAGAAAAUGCUGGACUUCGUCACAGUAGAGCGGAGAGACUUCCUUCCUCAAUUCGACGUGUCGAUAGACAUACCAGGGCAGGAGAAGAUGACUCUUACGGCUGAUAUCAUGUACAAGAGUAACUGGCAACAGGGUGCCAUCACAGCCAAACGUCGUAAUAAGUGGAUUACUGCGCUCAAAACUGCCCUGGCCGAGGUGUUUGUUUACGGACCCAAGGGUAAUCCAGAUGCUGCAGAAAAGCCGAAACAAUAUACCCUUGUACCGUGGGAAACAGUCUCGCAGGAGGACAAGAGUAAUGCCCAGGGGGGCGCAGAUCCAAGCCGAGGCCUAGUGGCUCCAUCCAUGCCGAUUGGAGGAUGGAACCUAACAAGUAACGAUACCGUUCUCAUGGCAGGCUCCGGAGACAUAUUCGAUGAAGCCGCGGAGUUUUCAAGUGAAACCCCGCAAGGCGCCCUCAGCUCGGAUGUGCGCGACGACAUGCGCUAUCGGCCGAAUCAAACGCCGCGGAUGCCGGCGGCCGUCGAGGGAUGUGUCCUGAGUCGAGAUGGAAUUGAUGUUGAACGUCAAGAGCGCCCGUUUUUGAAUCUCUGAAAUACAGUCGGAGCAUAGGGCGGGGAUGGUCGUACGUUGAUGGAACGUCAAAUUCUGAGCUACUGCACCCUCUUGGAAUGAUUGACGAUAUUAAUUUUAUUCAGCCUUACAUAUAUGCUGGAUGCUGGUGCGAUCUAUGCUUUGACAAUUGAAUUCCUGCGUGGAGUUUAAGAUGAAUCUGCCCUUUCAGUCUCUUAUAAUACUCUUAUAAUACAUCACAUAUGAAGCGUGGAAUCGCUACUCAGGGCU